AUGGAAGAGAUUAUGAAAACGUUACAAAACAUCCAACAUGACUUAGCACAACAUAAACGAGACAUGAAAGAUAUGGAGGAGAACAUAAAAGACGCAAUAAAUAAUCAUAUUGAUCAAAAGUUUAAUCAAAUGGAAACGAGAACUAAACAACUAGAACAAAAAUUAGAAAAACAACAAGAAGACAUAGACUACUUGGACAAACAGUUAAGGAUGAAGAGAGUGAUUUUCUUUGGCGUCCCUGAACUGGAAAAAAAUUACGAGGGCCUGUUAAGUACAAUCUUGGAAAUCAUAAACACAAAAAUGAAUGUAACAUGCCAGAGAUGGGAAAUUGAAACGGUUUACCGACUUGGAAAGAAAGAUGGGAAAAGAAUAAGACCAGUUAUAGUCUCAACAACCACAACCAGCAGAAAAAUACUGCUCCUGAAACAUAAAAGAACUCUGGACAAUACUGGAUUAUACAUCAAGGAUGACUACUCCCCUGCAGUGUUACAAAAACGACAAGAGCUUCAAGAUGAACUAAAAAGAAGACGUCUAGAGGGAGAAAAAGUAGCGCUACGAUACGACAAAAUCGUAAAAAUUAAUUAUAAUGAAAAAAGCACCAGUGUAGUACCACCAAAAGUAACAGAAAGUGCUCCACAUAGUGCCAACAAAAGAUUUCUAUCAGAAUCACCUGAAACAGAAAGCAAAGGCCAAACUUCAGACGCACGAGAACAAUCAAAACAGCUACCCAAAAAGAAUAAAUCUUAA